AUGAAGCUCACUCCCGUAAUCGUGGCAGAUGCCCCAACGUUCAUAAAUCCUAUUGGUGAAAGAACAAUUUCCCUUCGUUCUUUAACACUCUCCGAUCUUGAUAUCGGGAUAUCACAAUUGCUUGAUACAGACAUAUUUGAGUGCAUAGAUUUGACUGACAAUGACCUAAUAAUAGUACCAGAGUUUGGCCAAUCACGCAGACUAAAAACUUUACUUUUGGCGCGUAAUCGAAUUCGAAUAUUGAGUCCUAACUUUGCAUCAAAGCUUUAUAACUUGGAGUCGGUGUCACUAAUAAAUAAUUUCAUAAGGUCUCCAAAAGAGCUUGCAGGAAUGUCCUCAGUUAAGAAUUUGAGAGAGUUAUACUUAACUGGAAACCCGAUCACAGGGUUGAAAAAUUAUAGGCUUUGGACCAUUUGGAAAUUCCCUACGUUGAAGAUAUUGGAUUCUGAGAAGGUGAAGAAAAAUGAGAAGGAGGAGGCCACAAAGUUGUUUGGCACACACAAAGAGCCGACAGAUCUUGCAAGAAAGGUAUCUGAGAGCGCUGUGGAUAUAGGCAUGGGUCCUGAAAAAAAGUAUUCAAAAGAGGCUUUGGAUAGUAAGACAAUCCAUAUGAAAAGUACAUAUCAGAGGCUUUCAACCAGUCAGAGGAAGAAGCUGAAGCAGGAGCUUGUUUCAGCUACAAAGCUCGCGGAUAUUGAAAGAAUCCAGGGGAUUUUGGAAAGAGGAUACCUGUGA